AUGCAAAUAGAAAACUCUAAUGAGCUAUCAGAUGCUAAACCUGAUGAAUGUGAUGAAUGUUUCAGUACUUUUUGGAUAGAAGAUGAGGAAAAUCAGUUUGAUAGUGAAGACAUCAUGGAUCAACUACAAGGGCUGCAACAAAAUACACUGGAGCAAUUAGUUAAAAAUGCAAAGACAAAAAUAUGGACUACAAGUUCACAUGAACCAAUAUAUAAAGGUGAUGCAGAAUCAACAUUGCACAACAAGAGAGCAUAUUGGAACAAAGCGGUUUCAGGUUUUAAAAAAAUUACUAAUAUGUUUCCUUUAAAGAAUGUUGAAGUUCCUGAGUCACAUACAGAAAAUUAUGAUUUUAUAUUUGAUAACAUAUACAAUAGUAGCAAUGAUGAUGAUAAUUUUAAAUUACGAGUUACUGAAUAUUUGCAUACACAUAAAUUUACAUUAAGGAUUGCUGAAUUUGUAAAAUUCAUUGAGGAUGAGGUUAUACCUGCUCUUGUAAUAGAGGAAAAGACAACUAUUUUGCAUACAACAGCAUGUGAAUGGUUGUAUAGGCUUGGUUGGCAAUAUAAAGAUCAUUCAAAAAAUAUAUAUUUUAAUGGUUAUGAACAUGAGGACAUAGAUGAGUUGUUAUUUUAUGCCAAGGAUGGUGCUGUUAAGGCCUGGAGUUCAGAAGAUGAAAGCCAACUUCGUCAAAAGUCGCAAGGUCUUAGUAUCUGUGUAAGUGACUUUAUUUGUGAAUCUAUCAGGCAUUUUCAACUUUCAGAGGAGGAGUGUGCUAUUAAUGAUUCAUUACCUGAUGAUGAGUGGCUUAUAUAUACUGAAGUAAGUAAACGUGCAAUUCCAAUAUUUGAACGAACUCAUCUGGGAAAGAUUGAUUUGUUCUUGUUUGAUAAUAGUUGCAACUACAAUGCAUUUGCUGAUGAUGCAUUAGUGGUUACAAGAAUGAACAUGAAGGAUAGUGGUAAACAACCUCUUCUCUGUAAUGGUCAAAAACCUGAUGGCUUGACACAUUUCAUGACGUUCACAGAUAUCGAUGGUGUAGUAAAACUCAAAGGUAUUCGACGAGUUAUUCAUGAGUGUAGAUUGUGGAUACCAGGCAUGAUAAGAAAAUAUGAUGUGAGUAAACAAAAUAAUCCAGAUCCAAUUAAUCUGAAUUGUUGUGCAACAUGCAUUCUUUCUGCACAGCCUGACUUUGCAUCUCAAAAAUCAUAUCUACAAGAGAUCAUUGAAGCAGCAGGCUAUAUGUGUAAGGCAGCUGUUUUUGCAGUGAAACAGUAUCAAUCACAUUGCCAUGUUCCUACAAGUGUUUUAGAAAAAUUUGGUAAUGUUAAUCAGUAA